AUGCAGACAUCACCAUUGGCGUUCAACACGGCCCCACGCGCCUCAGCUGGAUCAGCCGCCGCAUACACGAUGGAGGACGCCGCAACUCUCAGGACUCGCCUUACCGCCAUUAUCAACGGUGUGCAGAGGCCAAACCCGAAGGAGGCACAGAAGGCGCUGCAGGAUCUCUGUGUGUUUCUCGACACGGUGACAGAGCAAAGUGGUACAAGCGUGCAGGAUAUAUUUGGUCAGAACGUGGCGAAUAAUAUUAUUAUUAUUGUGCUUGACCGCGUGGUGAAGCCGGCGCUCACGCAAUACUGCGAGACAGCCGCGGGGGGGCGGUGGUCGACNGGGACCCGUGGGAUGGGCCGCGGCGUCACAGCAGCGUCGCGAAGGCGACUGGAGACUUCCUCUGCACAUUCAAGGACACUGGUAGAGGAGGACUCGCGCACCACCGCCAACAACAAGGCGAAGAAACUGCGCACAGAGGUGGUGCGGUUGUGGCGUGCGCUCGCGGAGACGCUUCACCAGAACUUGCCGUCGUCGCUUCUCACCUGUGCGUCAUCAUUGUCAUCAUCCGUGCUGGCUGCCACCACAAACACCACCAUCAGCAGCGGCGGCAACAUCCACACCGGCGGUGGCAACGGGGACACGCACAUGGGGGCGAGAGGAGCCCAUCGUACGCACAGCGGUGAGAUGGAUGAGGGAGGCGUGCCGACCUCCCUCGUGGGUCGCCCUGGGGGACAUUCAGCGUCAGCAGCAUCUGUGGGCGGGACUGGAGGCUUCUAUGCAGCACAACAGCUGUGGGCAAUGGCACCCAAUCAGACAGCGCUGCCGCUGCUGUGGAAGAAUGCGGUUCCGCUCUUUUGCGUCACCCAGCACGCGCUUGAGGUGCUGCAGUCAAAGGUGCUCGUUGGUGUCUGCGGCCAGGAGUACGCCCAGCUGCUGCUGCAUCUCCUGCAGUUCGACGGCUACCUGUCAAACCUAAAGUCAGAGUUUAUUGUGGGGCUGACGCUUCGGCUCUUGCGGCUCGUGGAGCAGACCUCGUACGAGCCCAACACAAACAACAGUGACACAACUGCCGCCACGAGCAUGAUGCAGGGCGACAGUGGCUCUGGCGGUAUCAAUGAUGUGACGCCAGAGAGCGACGACAGUGAGGGUCCCUGCCCGUCGGUGGAGGAGGGCACAACGUACGCCGCGUUGCUUGUGCAGGUGUUUCGGGCCUCGCAGUUAAUGAACGCCUUUACACCAUGCGAAGACACUGCCACACUUCCAUCCUCAUUAUUAUUAUCAGCACCCGCGAGAGGCAGCACCAGUGGCGUAACGCUGCCGUUUGUGAUGCAGCGACUUGUGCGUGUGACGACGCAGCGCCACAUGCGUCCGACGAGUGCGCUGCGUUUGGAGGCGCAUCUUCUUGUCGCGGUGAAUCUUCUGGCGUCUGUGGCACGUGAUGACUACCCGCUUGCUGCAGCAGCGCCGCUGGAGCUGGUGAAGCGGCUCUGUGACUGCUUCCAUGCCACAAUGCGCCGUGACGGGUGGCGCAUGGAGGCGCUGACGCUCAUGACGACGCAGAUAUGCGGCUCCUUCUCUACCGUGCUCGGCCACUGCGUGCGUGCCGAUAUUGAGCGCAACCGCCCACGGGCCUCAGGCCAUACGCGUGACAACAACAACAGCAGCUUCGUGAAGCAGGAAGCAAAGGCGGCGACAACAACAACCGCAAUGACUGCAAUUGGUACUACCUCAGUUUCCCCACGUUUCCUCACACUGCUGCAUGAGACAGUGCUACCGCUGAUGAUGCGUCUCUUCACAGUUCUGCGCAGUGAGUUCAGCCUCGUCUCGCGCCGCGAGCUGUUCUACUUUCCCUGCCCGCCACUUGCCCCGCUGUUCGACUUUGGGGUCGUUGUGCUGUAUCUUGCCUGCUGCACGCAUGCCGAGUACGUGGCGCUCCCAUCGGUUGCCGCUCCUGCUUCGGGUAGUAGCAGUGGUGGUGGCGGUCGUGCUUCGGUCGCACUGGGAAGCCCGGUGGAUAGGGGGGGCCCGCGGCAGAGUGUGAGGGAAGACAAAAAGCGUCCGCGCGGCGGCGGCGGCGAUGAUGACGACGACAAAGAGAUGGACAAUAACAGUACCCAUGAUGCCAGCGGUGAAAGGGAGAACGCGGGGCGGAGGGCACGUACGCCGCACAUUCAUCCGGGAGAUGCGGCGCUUCGGCUUUUCCGAUCNCUUUUUUUUGACAGCAAGCAUGGCACAGCAGCAGCAGCACAGAGUCCAACGGACGACGAUGAGCGCGCGGUGGAAGACGACGCCGAUAGUUUGGUACAGGCGAAUACCGCAGCAACGGCGGCGGCAGCAGCAGCAGCCGCGGCUGGCAGCGGUUCGCUCAGCGCGGCGGCUGUGCAGGACCUUGUCAAGGACGGCUCGCUCUUUCUCCUGCACCUCUUCGCACAGCCUGGCACGACGCUCGGUUUCACUGAGGGACAGUGCACGUCGCUGAUACUGCACAGUGUGCUGCCACUCUUUCCAUAUUACGGCGUGCGCCUGGAGACACUGCUGCUGGCGGUUCUUCACGCCGUUGUCCCGCGUGCCUCCCUGGCGUGCCAGCAGAAGGUCUUCCGCUGGCUUGUUCGCCGCUACAUGCCGACCGCAGCGUCGCAGCGCGACGAUGACCGCUACCCGAAGGAGCAGGUGUACCGGCUGCUGGGGCUGCUGCUGGAGCGCGGUGUUGUGGGGCGGUGGCCGUUGCUUGUGCAGAGCGAGGAGCGUGGCCGCUUGCAGGCAGCGGCACACUUCGGUGCCAUCACGGCACGAAUUCGCGUUGUUCUGCGUGGGACACCAUUAUUGUCAUCAUCGGCAACGGCACCGUCAGCGUCGGGUUUAUCCACGGCCACGACAAGUCGUGCUCAACACACCAACAGUAGCACUGGUGGCAGCAAUGCCGGGCCGUCCCCUGUCAUGGUGACGUCGCUGCUCGCUGCUGCUGCUACUACUACCACUACUUCUUCAUCCGCUUUUGCUGCUGCUGGUGGUGGUGGUGGUGGCCACUCUACCAAGGUCGGUCUCUCCGCCACACUCUUCCAGGCAAUGCUGCAGUUCCUCUCAUCUUACCACCACUACGGCGCAACGUCUGCUGAGAUCAUCCUCUCUCAUCGCGCGGCGGAUGCGAAACAACAGACGCCUCACCGUUCUGGUGCUUCACCUGUAGCUGCUGCUACGGCGGAACAGGCGUUGGAUCUUCCCUCCACAGCGGUGCGCCUCUCGACGGGCAUCGCGUUUGUGGUUGCCGGCCUCGCACACGGCGUCUGCUUCUUUCCGCACGACAGCGGUGUGGUGUGGCGCAAUGAGACGGAUACCCCAGCGGCUUCAGCAGCGGCAGCGGCACUCUUCUUGCAGACACUACGUGCGGCAGAGGAUCACGUGUUGGCCGCCUGCCUCACCGUGACGGAGAGCGAGCUUGGUUGGCAGCACUCCCUUGCUUCUGGCGGGCCCGGUGCGGUGACGAGCAGUCCCAACAGUCGUGGUAGCAGCGGCAGAAAUGCGGCGGCACUGUAUCGAAUGAGGCAGCUGCUCGCACGGUCGCGUCGUACCAUGGAGGCGGCCGCCAUUGCGCCGCAACGACAUGUACCCGCGGCGGUCUGCGAGGCGGCGGAGGGGCAUUGGCUGCUUCUGCACGAGUUCCUCUCCUCUUCAACGGAGGAAGUUGCAGCAGCAGCAGNAGCAGUAGACGCUUCGCCUCAUCCAGAGGACGCUGCCGAUGAUGGUGACAGUGAGGGCGUAGAGCUACUCAGCGGCCACCUGCGCCGCGGCGAUGUGCCCCCUGGUGUGGUGGAGGUGCUCGCGGCGGAGGUUGCGUGGGCGGUGGGAGCGCUGGCCGAGCGCGUCAAGAUGGCCGGGAAUGCGACGGAGGUUGGCUGCCACCAUAAUCAGAAGCAACAACCGCAACGAGAGGUGGAUGAAGAGGCGGUGGCGUUGACACACCGCACGCUUUGCAUCCAUGCGGUGCAGCUGCUGCAUUGGCUGCUGCGGUUGUUUCGCUUGGGUAUUUGGCAGCUGCCGCAGAGCCGCCGCACGCGCUCGGGUGCAGAUGGCGUGGAGCAUCACAAUGCCAACAGCAAGAGCAACAGUAAUGUGAAUAACAGCGGCCAUAAGACAAACGAUGUCGACGGUGAUGACGAGGAUGAUCUCCAUGUGCUCUCGAGUGUGCCACAGCUGCAGCUCUUCGACGAUCCUGCCACUGUGAUGCGCCGCUUGUCGCCGGAGGGGCGGCUGUACUACGCCGUCAUGUGGGUCUGUCGCCACCUCGCCACCCGACUGCUGCGUGGCGCGCUUGUGCGUGACCGCGCGGUGCUACGUGCGCUGCUCGUGCUCGUCGACGACGUUGGCGUGGUGCUGCUGUCGCAGUCCUUCGCGCUGUGGGAGCCGCGGCAGGUGGUGCUCUCCUUCGUUGGCGCCGUCUGCCGCCGCGUGCUCGACGAGGGCAUCGUGAAGCUCUCCGCGUGGCGCCCCACAAACGUGACAUCCACGGACGCAGCAACUGCGGUGCACGCGACGGUGUGGCUCUGCUGCAGGCUGCUGGCCGCGCUGCUUGCGCUCGUGCGACGCACGCGUGUGCUCGCAGCGUCCGCCGACCCGCUCGUCAGCGCCGCCCACGUCUCGGCGGUUGUCAUCGGCGUCCUCGAGAAGGACGGCCUCAUCGCGCCCGCCGACCACAACACCAGCAGCAGCACCAAGGACGAUGGUGGCCAUAAUCUUGGCGCAUUGGCCGAGGCGACUGCGCUGCGUGGUGUGGUGAAGCUGAGCCCGUUCCUCCCAUUUUCCCUCGCCGUUGUUGACGGCGUGGCGGGGNGGGCUGCUGCGCGUUCUGCACGAGGCGUACGACGACGUGCAGGCGCGACUGGCGGUGCGUGCUCUCCUGGUGACGCUCUUCGCGCGCUACCGGCACGGCAUCGCGGUGGGCAUCUUCGCCACCUUUCGCUUCUACGCCCCGCCAUGCCGCGUCUCCGCGUUGUCCCUCAGCAGCACUAA